ACCAACCUUAUCCUUGGGCCCUAGUUCUUCGUCGGCGAGAGCAAGCUCAACAUGUUGUCGCCCGAUUCGAGAUGCCGCAUGUGGGACGAUGCGGCCAACGGGUAUGCGCGAGGAGACGGUGUUGCUGCCGUUGUCGUCAAGACGCUUUCAGCCGCACUAGAAGAUGGCGACCACAUUGACUGUAUCAUUCGCGAGGUCUGCGUCAACCAGGAUGGCACCACAAGCGGCAUCACCAUGCCCAGGGCAAAGGCGCAAGCCGCGCUCAUCCGGCAAACAUACACUAAAGCCGGCCUCGACUACCUCGGCGACGGCAGGCCCCAGUACGUCGAGGCCCACGGGACAGGGACGCCGGCCGGGGACCCGAUCGAGGCGGAAGCGAUCAGCACCGCCUUCUUCCCAGAGGCCCAGGGUGAGGAGGGCGUAAAGCAGCAGCAGCAGCAGCAGCAGCAGCCAAUCUAUGUCGGCUCGGUCAAGACGCUCCUCAGCCACACUGAGGGAACCGCCGGAGUCGCGGCCCUGAUCAAGGCGUCGCUGGCGGUCUAGCACGGCGUCAUUCCGCCAAACAUGCUCUUCAACCGGCUCAACCCCAAGAUCCAACCCUUCUACCACAGCCUCGAGGUCCCGAC